CCGGUUUAGUUUGAAACCAACCCGUGCGUUUAUUACAAGAAACUUCUGCGUUCUUUCUGAAAAUUUCGCGGUGUUGUAAGCGUGGCUCGCAAAAAGCGUUGGCUACGGCUCCGCGGCUGAGGCCGAUGCAGCUGACGUGUAAACUACGUGUGCUGCGGCCAACGGCCACGACCGUACGGCUUGCUGUGUCAACAUAAACUAACGCGAGGGGUCUCUUCGGUUUUCAGACGACGAUGAGGCGAGGCGAGUGUGCGUCAUUACUUAGGCUUCUCCUGGCAGCUGUGCUAGGGGCCCAGCUAUGCAGUGCCCUGUCACUCUCCACAUAUUUUGGUCCCGAAGACAAAGCCCGCCUCAAGAGCCUCUUCACGUCGCCCAAGGCCCUGGCAGACUUGCCGUCUGCGCACUACGCAGCUUACGGGUUGAACCUGCUGGGUGAGAAGAUCACAAACCCCCAGGACUACUGCAAAGUUUUAAAAACUGUUGAUCAAAAGAACCUCGAGGCCCUCUACCAUGCGGCAUCUGGCAGCAAAGCGCUCGGAAACUGUCCUCUUGACAUUCCAGAGGGCAAGGCAACGCUGCAGGCUGCUUUGAAGGAGGACUCAUCCGUACCGCAGCUUUAUCACGCAGUUCUGGCCCUCAAGGCUCUUGGUGUAUCAGUGGACUCUGCUAAGGUCAGCCAGCUGCUGCUUGCCGCCCUCAAGAAAGACGACAACAUGGUCAACCUGGGCUACGCUUUCCACGUGGCUUCGGUCUUGGGUGGAAACCUGACCCCAUUCAUGGACCGCAUCGAGGAUGCCAUCGUGCAAGCUGACGAAGUCGGCACUGACCUUCUUCAGUUUGAGGGAGGCCUCAGUGUCACCGCUACAAUCCUGAGCGGCGUGUAUCGUCUUGCCGAAGCUGCCAAGAAGGCUCCAACAGUCACUAAGGAGCAAGUGCUCAAGUUUGCCAACUACCUGCUAUCCCGCAAGAACGUCCAGCCAGUCAAGGGAGCGGCCCUUUUGUACGACGUGCUCAAGCUGCUCGCAACAAACUCGUACCACGUUCCUGUGGCAACCAGCCUGUCGGGCUCUGGCGCCCUGAGCAAGGCCUCGCCCACCGUUGUCGUGCAAGUGACGGACGUCCUGGGCUCUCCCCUGGGUCCCCUCUCUGUGUUGCUGAACAAGGCCGUCAGGCUGCUCGACAGCCAAGUUGUGAUGGAGAGGAAACCGUUCGCACCGGCCAAGGAGGAUCCGUCUCUGUAUGUGUUCAACUUUGUGUCGAACAAGCCGCGACGGGGCUUCUACCAGCUCUCCCUGAACGCUAUUCCUGUCAAGGCUGACAAUCGCCUUGUUGGAAACACCGAUGCCGAGCUUAGCGUGAAGGUGCUGACUGAUGUGGAAGUGGUUGGACUUGAACUUGGCACUGCUGACCGAGACCAGACAGCUGCUCCUAAAAUGACUCCGGUGGCUUUCCGUAGCAAGAUGAGCCAGGUCGUGGAGGCGGACCACCACCAGAAGCUGGUGAUGAAGUUCUCGCUCAAGGAUGUCUCCAACGGGGACAUCAUGUCGGCACACCAGGUCUUCGUGCACCUCUACCACGUGGAGACCAAGCGCGAGAUCGUCUUUCUGGCCGAGCCGGACACGAGCGUCAUCUACCGCUUCGACCUGGACUUGUUCCAAAAGGCGAAGGACAUGGGCUACCUCUCUGGAAAGUACGACUUGUCGCUCAUCAUUGGUGAUGCUGUGAUUGCCAACCCUUUCAAAUGGCACCUGGCUUCCCUGCAGCUGACCCUCCCACCGAACCCAUCACCCCCGAAACCUACUGUCGACGUGCAUGCUCCAAAGCCCGAAAUCAAGCAUCUGUUCAGGGAGCAGGAGAAGCGUCCGCCGGUGUUACUCUCGAACGCAUUUUGCGGCCUCGUCCUGGCUCCCCUGCUGCUGCUGAUUGUGCUGUGGGCACGCAUCGGAGUGAACUUCUCUAACUUCCCCUUCAGUCUGAGCACCAUCGUGUACCAUCUGGGUUUGGGAGCCAUCUUCGGCCUGUUCGGCUGCUUCUGGCUACGGCUGAACAUGUUCACAACACUGAAGUACCUGGCUGGACUGGGUGCAGUCACCUUCAUAUCGGGCCAUGGCAUGCUCACGCGGCUCACGCAGAAGAAGUAGAAUGGGAUCAUCUUGAAUGGAAGUCAUCGGAAGCAAGGGACAGGGAAGGCAUCAUUCCUUUUUUUUUUUUUCUUACUUUAAACUGUUAGUGUGCAGGUGGGGAGUUGCAUGUGUUGUGUGCAAGGACAUUUUUCAUUCCAUGGGUCUCUGUUUUCAUGAAUGUAUGGCUGUGCUAUUUCCUUGUCAGCUUGUAUAGUAGUACGAUGAGUGACAGCGUGCUUCAUUGCUGAAACUCUCUUGCACCUGUUUUUUUUUUACUUUGUAUUUGUUUUUGCUGUUGUAUUUCAUGCCUCAGUGGCUGCUUAGUAAACUGAUUGAAAAAGCUCAUGGUUUCUUUUUUUUUGUAAGUUUUUUUAUGCUCACGAUAUCUGUCUGUCAUGUUGAAGACCUGUAAUAAAGAGCUCUUUUUCGGGCAGUACAA